AUGCCCCGGUAUCAGCUUGUUGAAUGUCCGACUAUCGACGGGACCACCAUCUCUGGAUGGCUGUAUACCGUCGACGGCCCUGCAGCCCCUGCCAUUAUAAUGUCUCACGGGUUUAACUGUGUGAAAGAAAUGACGCUCCCCGACGUGGCCGAAGCCUUUCAAUCUGCUGGCUACAACGUCCUUCUAUACGAUGCCCGCAGCGUCGGGGCCAGUGGUGGAACUCCCCGAAACCUCCUGGAUCCACUGCAAAUGGCCGAAGAUCUCUCGGACAUCUACACCUAUGUUUCCAAGCUACCCUCUGUGGACUCCAGUAGCAUAAUCCUCUGGGGAAUGUCCUUCGGCGCCGUCAUCAGCGCCACGUCCGCCGCGAUCGACCGCCGCCCCAAAGCGAUCGUCAUGGUCUGUCCGCUCUUUAGCUACGUGCAACCGCACAAGGCCGACAAGGCCUACGCGCAGCUUAUCAAGGACCGAGUCUCGCAGCUGAGUGGAAAUGAGCCACAUUCGCUGCGCCCCUUCACUUCUAAGGGCGAUAACCCCGUCGGGUUUGGCGGUGCGGGCGGACCAGGUGGCGUCGAAGCCGCGACGCUAAUGAAGGCAGCGUCCGAGCUGGGGCAUCCAACAUUCCGGGAUCGAAUAAGCCUGCAGACGUACCAAAAGCUCGCGCUUUUUCGGCCUAUGGAGUACCUUGAUAUGAUCCGUGUACCAGUGUUGAUGAUCGUUCCAGAGUUGGACGAUAUCUCGCCUCCGCGAGAGCAGAGGGAGGCUCUCGCACGAAUUCGGAGUCCCAAGAAGGAGUAUUUCGCGAAAGGCAAAGGGCAUUUGAAUAUUGCAACCGGGGAGGGGUCGACGAAGAUGAUUGCGGCGACGCUAAGGUUUUAUAAGUCUGUAUUAGAGCAGACCUUUGAGCCCUCUUGCAUCGCGGAGGAAGAUAGUGUAGAGGGACGAAGCGGUGUGUGGUGA